GAAAUCAGAAACCAGCUCUGCACGUGAUCCCGAAAGCUCCUCGAAACGAACUCGAUGACGGACGUUACCGAAGACAAAACGUGGGACAAAACGAUAUAAAAGGGGACUCGCGAAGGAACAGGUUCUGAGUCUCGUUCCUGGACCGAGAGGAUGAAGAUGGCGAUCCAAGUCGGCUUCCGUUGCUUCAGCGUCUGGGGCAAGCACCGCCUCUCCUCCGCGGCCUUGUGCGUCAGGAAGUUGGCCACCGCCCUCCCCGAACGCGAGGCCGAUCUUGUGCGAAUCGACCGGGAGAAGAAGGCAGUGGAAGUAUGCACGGGGUCCGGGGACAGACUGACCCUCCCGUGGAUCUGGCUGAGAGACCACUGCCGAUCCCCCGCGUCCUACAACCACCGCACGUUCCAAAGGAAGCAGGAUCUGCUCGCCAUCCCCCUUCACAUUGAGCCCACGAAUGCCCGUGUGGAGGACGACAAACUCCUCGUCCAGUGGGAAGACGGCCACGAGUCUCAGAGCACGAUGGAAUGGCUGGCGAAGAACAGCCCCGGCAAGGGCAGGACACUCCGCGCCGCUGUCUACGAGAAACGAGUUCCCUGGAGCCAAGGCCAGCAGCUCCAAGAGCUUCCCUGGGCGCGCGUCCCCUUCUCUCGACUCAUUCAUCCACAGACGCAGAUGGAGUCGGCGAAGGAAAUGCUGGAGUCGCUGUGGGUGUACGGCGUGGCCGCGGCAAUGGACGUGCCCCCGACGCUGGAGGAGACCCGCAAGGCGAUCGAGGCCGUGGUUCCCAUCAUGAACACAACUUUCGGGGACAUCUACGCUUUCGAGGCCAACCUGGAGCGAGCGGACACUGCCUACACCAACGAGUUCAUCGGGCCUCACCACGACAACACCUAUUGGACUCAGGCGUCCGGGCUGGAGAUCUUCCAUGGUCAGUUUCACAAUGGGUCAGGAGGAGAAACCAUGCUAGUGGAUGGACUGGCUGUGGCCAACCACAUGAGGGACAUGCAUCCAGAGGCGUAUCAUAUCCUCUCCUCCAUCCCACUUCCAGCAGAGUUCCGUGAGGAGGAAGGUGGUCAGAAAAAAAAUCAUUUCACCAAUCUGGACCUCACCUUCAAGCAUGAUCCUGUCACAGGGCACCUCAUGCAGUUUCGCUACAACCCAUAUGACCGAGCUGAGAUGUCAACUCUCCCAGUUGAAAAGGUGUACGAGGUCUACUCAGCAUACCAGACACUAGGACGUACCAUCUUGGAACCAUCACGCACAUUCCAGCUCAAGCUCAGGCCAGGGAUGACAAUGUUUAUCGACAACUUUAGGGUCUUGCAUGCAAGAAGAGCCUUUGAUGGACAUAUCCUGGAAACAGUCCAGGUCCACAGUCAAUACUCACUUCCGGAGAUCCAGCACAAACACCUGGAACAGGACAUGGAAUGA